AGGUGAGCCUGUCACAUUCGUGUCUUCCGCUCCUCUUUCCUGGCGUCUUCUCCGCUCGAAUCUCAGGUGGGAGGAACCAAAAGUCGAGCACGUUCAAGUGUUGGAAUGAGAUAAGAAGAUAAGUGUGUCAGUCCGUCUCUGUCCAACAUGGCAACCAGGUGGGGGAUCUGCGGCGCCGGCAGAAUCAGCCAUGACUUCACUGUGGCUCUGAAAACUCUUCCAGCUGGAGACCAUCAGGUUGUGGCCGUGGCAGCUCGCAAGUUGGAGGGUGCGCAGGAGUUUGCCAAAAAGCACAGCAUCUCCCGAGCAUAUGGCAGCUAUGAGGAGCUGGCCAGAGACCCAGACAUAGAUGUGGUGUACAUUGGAGUUAUCCACCCCUACCAUCUAAGCACUUGUCUGCUCUUUACAAAUGCCAAGAAGAACGUGCUGUGUGAGAAGCCGCUGGCCAUGAACAGCAGGGAGGUUCAGGAGAUUCUGGACUCUGCAAAGAAGAAUGACGUGUUUCUCAUGGAGGCUGUGUGGACUCGCUUCUUCCCAGCCUCUGUGGAGAUCAGACGGCUGCUGGCCCAGGGGGAGUUGGGCGAGGUGAAGAUGGUCAGAGCUGAGUUUGGUUUGCCGCUGAUGCACAUUCCGAGAUCAUCACAGAAGGAGCUGGGCGCAGGAACAAUGCUGGAUCUUGGCAUUUACUGCCUGCAGUUCAUAUGCAUGGUGUACAACAGAGAAAAGCCAGAGUGCAUCCAAGCCACUGGCACAUGCCAGGAAACAGGAGUGGAUGAGAGUGUGAUUGUCACUCUGAAGUUCUCCAACAACAGACUGGCAGUGUUCACUUCCUCCUCAGCUAUGGCACUGCCUAAUAGUGCCAUCAUUGUGGGAACAAAGGGCACAAUUCAGAUCCCUGACCAUAUGUGGUGCCCAACAACACUGGAUGUGAAUGGGAAGGUGACUCAGUAUCCACUGCCAGAACCCUAUUUGCCCCUCAACUGCAUCAAAAGUACAGGGAUGCGCUAUGAAGCAGAGGAGGUUCGACAGUGUUUGCUCAAAGGGCUGAAGGAGAGUGCCGUUAUGUCCCAUUCCGACUCUGUGCUGCUGGCUGGGUUGGAGGAUGAGAUCCGCAGGCAGGUGGGGGUGGUGUACAGCCAGGACUCCAAGUAAAUGUUGAGUAUGUACCACGGCUGUGAUCGAGGGGAACCAUUUCAAAAUGGAGAAUAAUUAGCUCUUGUUGUUCCAGCAGGACUUUAUAAUAAUACACUACAGCAAGGAUCAUGUGUUGUGAAGAUAAAUGUUUGAGCAAAUUUGUCUUUUCCUGCUGUCUGACCUCUUGAUGUGAUGAAAGUGUUGUGAUGAAGAGGCUUACCGUACAGCUGUAGGCAAAACAUUUUGGGGAUUUUUGAAGUGAAAAAAAAAUAACAAAUACAAUCCCAGCAGCAGAAAGUUAACAUGUUAAUGCUCUAGAUGCUUUAAGUAUAGCAAUACACUGAAACACUAAAACCUUUCAAGUAUCAAAUAUAUUUUCACAAAUUUGCAAAAGAGUUAAAUCUCUCCUUUUCACCAGCCCUUGAUUCCCUGUAAAGUUACAUUUCUGGUUAUUCAUCAAACUAAACAUUUGCCAGGCAGAGUUCAAAUACGUGGUCAUCUCUUUUACUAAUGGAAGUCCAGUCUUGAAGGACAGCUCAGUACACCAGCUAAACAUUAUAUUUACACACUAGCUCAAACACAUCUGGAGUGGACAUCAUAGUUCACCAUUCACUAAGGGGUCAGUCUAUCUCAAGUCAUCCCCUUUGUUCGACCAUUUUUGAUUUGCUUGAUACUUUUUUUUUUUUUUUUUUUUUUUAAUCCUAAACUAUGAAUAUCUAAAAUGGUAUUUGAUGUAUCAAAUGCUUUCCUUGAUAAUUUAGUUUUUUCUAAAACUGUCUGACCCACUUUGAACACUAUUGUUUUCACAUUUAAAUUUGAAACUCUGUUUGACACAACGUAUAAGGAACUAAUAAAGCGAAAUGACUGAAA